UCUCAGUCUCUUAAAAUGAAUCUGGUAAAACUACCCUUUCUUCUGAUCAACCUGGUCUUCCUAAUCUUAUCCCUUGCCCUGAUUGGAUUUGGGAUUUACGUUCUGACCGAUGAGACCAUAAUCGAUAGGGUGAUUUCAUUAUCAAAUCUGACCGAAAUACUAAAACUCUCCCCCACGGGACAUCAUAAUGACCAGCCGUUUAAGGAUGAUGCUGAUCAGAAGAAUAAGUCAACCAGUGACGACGAUGGAUUCCUCCACCUUCACGGUUUCACUGAUCCGAUAAGCUUUCUCCUCAUUUUCAUCGGGGGGCUACUCUUCAUCCUGAGUUUUAUCGGGUAUUGUGGAGCAAUAAAGGACUCGAGAUGUCUUGUUGCCCUAUUUGGCGUGGUGUUAGGGCUCGUAUUUGUAGCGGAAGUGGGUGGUGUGUGCCUCUACUUUUUCCUGUUUAAGCCUGACAUAAAAUCCUACCUCACCGAAGGAAUAAAAUCCCACUACAACCCAGAUCCACACCCUACCGGUCCAGGGACAAGGCUAACGGUGAUCAUGGACUAUUUAAUGAUUGAACAUAACUGCUGUGGAAUUAAUAGCGAUGCAGAUUUCGCCCCCGUUUAUGAUCGAAGACAUCUCAGCCACCAGCAAAUUCCGGAGGCGUGCUGUCGCCUCAAUAUCACAAAUUUUAGAGAAGUCAACCAAAUCUAUGAGAGCAUUUUGAUGUCAUCGAAUACCAAAGCAGAUGAAAUUAACCCAAACUUUAUUCGAAAUCGGGGCGAACUCUUGGAAUUUGCAGACGACCCGAAUUGCAUUUCGGGACAAAGGACCACAGACUCUGCAUAUUUAGGCGAAGAAAAUGGAUGUUUCAACAAAAUUUCAACGGACUGGGGGACAUUUAUCAUAAUUUUCGGGGUGGUUUUAGCCAUCUUGCAAUUAAGUGGGGUGGCAUUUUCGGUCUUUGUUUUUAGAGCGGCGUACUACGACUUUCACUCGUAGAGGAUUGAUUGAUGACGAUUUUUGUUUAGUAGAUAUUUCGACCUUGUAAUUAAUUAACUUAAUAAAAACUUUACUUACGUUAAUG